AUGAAAGCCACGUGUGUCAUUCCAAUUCUUUCGGCGCUAUUUGCAACUGCUUUAGCGGCCACCUGUGAGGCCUCCAGUGCCAUCGACGUUACACCGUACCUCCAGGAUCUUGGUAAAAACUCAGGCAGCGGCGGUGGAAGCGUCAUCGAUCCCGACUAUAUCUAUCGUAUUAUCGAUAAUGCCGUGAAACGACGAGUCAAGCGUGCAACUUUGGAUUGCAAGUCGAAUGAGACUUGUGUAGCUCUUCAAGGGGUCCCUCUUUGCUUUGAUGCCAUAGCAUAUACUUGGAGAGAUACUGCCGGUGACAACGGAAACCUUAUGGACGGAAGUUAUACUCUCUCAGACGGGAGGAAGGGAAACCUCUACACAGGCCCUUACCCACUUCCCGACGGCUCAACUUUGACCGUCUCUCCCCCCGCAGCAACGCCAACCCAGAACUCGAAUUCUAAUGGUUCCAGCUCUGCCAAGACGGAAACGCCUAACACUACCACCCCUCCAAAUAUGGGAAGCUCAACCACUACUGGUGCACCUUCGGCCUCCCAGACUCCAAAUGGUGGUGUGAAAGUAGGAGGAAGCAUGGGUUUGGCUGUUGCGGUGAUUGGAGGAGCCCUUGCUGCUGCUUUGUAA